AUGGCGGUGGGAUCGCGGGGACGGCCUCGUCCCGCAAGCAACGGCCGGCUGUCAGGCGCCGUGCUCGUGCUUAUGAGCUGUCUCGCCACGCUCUACACCGGCGGAAGGCUAUGGCGAGACGUGCAGGUGCAGAAGAAGCUGCUGCAGGAGGCAAAGGGCAUGGGAGCUGGAGGCCAGUCGAAACAAGAUAAGAGCGCCAAGCCUCUCUCAGUUGAAGACAGCAUACUCACACUCAAGCUCAGGGAACUGGAGAAGCGCCACGCCAUGCUGCAGGUACAGAUGGCGGAGGCCAAGACACGUGGCUUCAUCUCAGCCGUCGGAUCUGCCAGCCCAGACACCUCUGCAGGCGGGGGAGUGGACGCAGCCGGGCAUGCAGGGGCGGUGGCAGGGGGGGAAGGGGCGGCAGGAGGGGGAGGCGUGGGGGGAGCGGGAGGCGCGGGGAGUGGGGCGGGGCGGAGGGAGCGGUUGCUGGUGGCGGUGCUGGUGAGCACAGCGUUUGGGAACAGGCUGAGGCGCGAGGCCAUUCGCAGCACGUGGAUGCCCACUGGAGCGGCUCUGAAGAAGCUGCAGGAUGAGAUGGGCGUCGUGCUGCGCUUUGCAGUGGGCCACAGUUUAAACCGCGGGGACUCGUUAGACCGAGCGAUGCUGGAGGAGAGGGACAAGUACAACGAUAUUGUGGUCAUGGAUGAGUACGAGGAGGUGGAGAAGAGUGGCGGGCGCAAGGUGAAGCACCUGUUUGAGUACGCUGUGCGGCACUGGGACGCGGACUUUUACUUCAAAGUCAACGAUGACGUGUAUCUCAGCACCAUGCAGCUGGUGUCGUUCCUACAGCGUCUCAAGGACCGGUCAGGGCUCUACAUGGGAUGCUUCAAGUCCGGUGUUGUGGUCACAGAGCCCAAUCAGCAGUGGUUUGAGCCAGAGUGGGCACGAUUCGGCGAUGGAAAACAGUACUUCCAGCAUGCAGCUGCGCCGGUCUAUGGGCUCUCACGGGACCUCGCCCUUUUCCUUGCCUUUAAUGGCGCGCUGCUGCAUGAGUAUGCGAACGAGGACGUAUCGGUGGGGUCCUGGAUGAUGGGGCUCACCGCCACACACCACAACGACCACCGCCUCUGCUGUGCCAGCCCUCCCGAAGAGGACUGUGGGCGGAAGAGGGAGGAGAACAAGGGAUGUGUGGCAGUGUCUGAUUGGCGCUGUGGUGGGCUAUUUACCACCGACACGUUCGACGAUCUUUCGCCGACCAUCGGUGUGGACUUCAAACUUAAAUCAGUGACCGUCAACGGCAAGCGGAUCAAGCUAACAAUAUGGGACACAGCCGGUCAGGAGCGAUUCCGUACGCUCACAAGCUCGUAUUACCGUGGAGCCCAGGGAAUUAUCCUGGUGUACGACGUGACGCGGCGAGACACGUUCACGAAUCUGUCGGACGUGUGGCUCAAGGAGAUCGACAUGUACUCCACCGUCUCGGACUGCGUCCUCAUGCUGGUCGGCAACAAGGUCGAUAAGGAGUCGGAGCGGCAAGUGGCGAAGGAGGAGGGCAUAGCGUUUGCACGGCAGUACGGCUCGCUCUUCCUCGAGUGCUCUGCCAAGACACGUCUCAACGUGCAACAGUGCUUCUCCGAACUAGUACAGAAGAUCAUAGAGACGCCCUCGCUGGUGGCGCACAACACGCACACCACCAAAGUGCUGCGCAACUUGCAAGCAGAGUCCAACCCCGUCUCCGACCCCAGUGGCAGCUGCGGGUGCUGA